AUGGCGGGAUUGGGGGCCGUUGUCUCUGCGAGGGCGGUUGAGAAGAAUGAACGAUCAUUUCAACGACCCAUGAAUGACCCCUCAUUACCUCGUCCAACUCCCUCCUCUCCUCAAUCCUGCAUUUUUAAGCCAUCUCUUCCAAUGCCACCGGUCUCCUUCACAUCCACUCUACCCACAUCUCUUCAUCAUCACCUCCCGAAUGUCCUCCUCUCUCACUCAUUCUUCAACUCAAACCUACCAACUUCUUCUGGCUCCACCGCCCCCAUGAUCUCGACUCUUUCUCUUUCCGAAGUAACGGGCGACUCCUCUCUUCAAGGGAUCUUCCUCGGCCUCGUCUACACUUCCAUCGACAAAUCUACCUCUGAGCCUCCUCCUGACUCUCUUCCCAAAUCUCAAGUAUCAAAACCAAAAGUAAAGCCCCAUUGCCGCCCUCAAUCUCCCAAACCUAAAGCGGAUGAACAAGAUGAUUUCGACAAGUCAUGGGGCCAUAUCAAUAAUCACGAGAUUCGAUCGCCGAUUUUGUCAGUGCCGCAGUCAAGCCCGUCUACGGAGAUGAGAAGGUGUUUCACCGAGGCGGUGGAGGGAGUUAGGGAGAGUGGGUUGGUGGAGGGGACGCUGAAGUUUCCUAAAGAAGGGGGCAAAUUACGAUUUUUGAUUUGGAGGGUUGAUUGA